ACGUGAUUUCCAAGCAACAGCCAGCCUUUUGGUUAGCAGCUGAGCUCUUAACUACUGCACCACCAAGGCUCCAAGUUCAAAUAUAAAGGCAUGUAAACGCAGGAAACUUUCCUAUAGAAAGCGCAGAGGCAGAAAACCCAAUAUGGCAUCUUCCAUGAGGAGCUUGUCUUCUGACCACAGCAGAUACGUUGAAUCUUUUCGGAGGUUUCUCGACACUUCCACCGAAUACCAGUGCAUGCAGGAAUUUAUGGACAAGAAGCUGCCAGGCAUUCUAGCGAGGAUUGGUGACACAAAAUCAGAAAUUAAGAUUCUAAGCAUAGGCGGAGGUGCAGGUGAAAUUGACCUUCAAAUUCUCUCCAAAGUGCAAACUAAAUAUCCAGGAAUUCAUAUCAACAAUGAAGUUGUUGAACCAAACGCUGAACAAAUUGCCAAGUACAAAGAGCUUGUAGCCAAGACAUCAAACCUUGAGAACAUAAAGUUUGCUUGGCAUAAGGAGACAUCGUCUGAAUAUCAAAAUAGAAUGAUGGAGAAAAAUGAGCUUCAAAAAUGGGACUUUAUUCAUAUGAUUCAGGUGCUGUAUUAUGUAAAAGACAUCCCGGCUACCCUCAAAUUCUUCCAUAGUCUCUUAGCUACCAAUGCUAUGAUCCUAAUUGUUGUUGUGUCAGGAGCCAGCGGUUGGGCUAAGCUGUGGAAAAAGUAUGGCUUCCGCUUACCCAGUGAUGACCUCUGCCUGUAUGUCACGUCAUCCGACCUCACUCAGAUGCUGGACAACUUGGGGAUUAAGUACAAGUGUUACGACCUUCCGUCCACCAUGGAUAUAUCUGACUGUUUUAUCGAUGGCAAUGAAAAUGGAGACUUGCUUUUAGAUUUUUUGACAGAAACCUGCAACUUUAACACAACGGCACCCCCUGCUCUCAAAGCAGAAAUUUUGAAAGAUCUACAAGAGCCUGAAUUCAGUGUAAAGAAAGAGGGAAAGGUUUUUUUUAACAAUAAUCUGAGUUUCAUAGUGGUUGAGGCAUAAGUAUCAAUCAGAAGAGUUUAUUCAAAAAUUGAAUUUUGAAGAAUGCUGAUCAGCCAUUUAUUUCCAUAUUAAAAUUGCAAAUAUAUCCUGUAACAUUGUAAGUAGAGCAUUGUCUCAUAUAUGUGAAAAUCUAGAAAUUUCUUGGACUCCCGUAUGGAAUUGCAUUUGAUACUGCUGGUCUUAUCACUCCUUCAAGUAAAGACAGCACAUGCAGUCUAAAUCGCCAUGGAAGUUGGAAGAAUGAGACAACUGUCACUGGUUUAUUGAUGAUUAAACCCUUUCAUUUGCUGAUUGUACUGGAACCUCCUUGAAUACUAAUAAAGUGUAUGCCUACUGAUACUUUGAAUACUAAGGAAGGAAGUGUAUGUUUAUUAAUUUUCAUCUUUUGUGACGAAGUAUUUGUCUUUGUAUGUCAUUCUGUUUGAUUUCCAUCUUAUUUUUACUGAUCAUUAAAAGUAAGCACUUUUAGCAUAUUACAGAAUUAACCCUUCUCAUGCAUGGCCAUUGCCUACCGUUUUGUUUUCUCUUCUAAGUUUACCUAUGACUUCAUCUUGCUUUGUUUAUUUGAUAUACCAAAAUUUUUCUAUUCUGUUCAGUCAAAUAUUGUUUUUUCCUUUUUUAAUUUCUGAGUUCCUAACAUAUUUUAAAAGGCCUUAGAAAACCAAGAUUUGAAAAUACCAAUAAAUUUAAUCAUAAUAAUUUUAUGGUUUCACUUUAAAGAAAUCUCUGAUAUGCUCAACAUUUAAAAUGAGUACAAAGAAUGAAAUUGAGAACAAGUUUUAUUUUUUCCAAAUUGAUAGCCAAUUGUAUCGACAUUAUUUACUGAAACAAAAUACACUGACUUAAAAUACUCCUUUUAACAUUUACUUAAUUUCUAGAAAAACUUUAUUUUGAUACUCUACAUGGUCCAUUAUGUUGGCCUGUCUAUCUAUUUCUACUUCAAGACCAAGAAUUAUCUUUGGGCAGUAGAACUUCAGGUGAUAAUUGAAAACAUAUUUGAUGUUCUUUAUUUUUUUAAGGUAAUAAAUAUCCAUCAUUCUGAUUAGGGCAGUGGUGGUUCAGAAUUCUUGCCUUCCAUGUAGGAGACCGAGCUUCAACUCCCAGCCAACACACCUCAUGCGCAGCCAUUGCCCAUCUGUCAGGGGAAGCUUGCGUGUUGCUCUGAUCCUGAACAGGUUUCAGUGACACCUCCAGACUAAGACAGACUAGGAAGAAAGGCCUGGCAAUCUAUUUCCAAAAAAACCCAGCCAGUGAAAACCCUGUGGAUCACAUUGGUUGGAUCCAUUGUAUACGGAGCCACCAUGAGUUGGGGGCUAACUUGAAGGCAGCAAACAAUAAUAUUUUUAUAAGAAAAUGUUGUUGUUGUUAGGUGCGGUCAAGGUGAUUUCGAUUCAUAGCAACCCCAUGUGACAGUGUAAAACUGCCCCAUAGGGUUUUCUGUUUUCUGGGCUGUAAUCUUUAUGGGAGCAGAUUGCCAGGUCUUUUCUCUCUUGGAGCCACUGAACUGUUGUGACACCAGGGCUUCUUUUGUAAGAAAGUACAAAAAAAACCCAUUGAGUAGAUUCUGACUCAUAGUGACCCUAUAGGACAGAGUAGAACUACCUCAUAGGGAACUGCUGACCUUUCCAUUAGCAGCCGAGA